AUGUCGAUUUUUAAGUUCGGUCAAAAGGUGUUUUCUUGGCUUACUCAUCGGUUUUUAUUUAAUCUCUCAUAUUUUCACAAAUUAUAUUUAAAAAUGACUGCCUCUACAGCACUUCAAAAGGCUAUAGAACUUGUAACCCGUGCAACAGACGAAGACAAAAAUAAAAAUUAUGAGGAAGCAUUGCGGCUUUAUACUGGUUCUUGUGAAUAUUUUAUGCAUGCUUUAAAAUAUGAAUGCCAAGCUGAGCGUCAAAAAGAAAUUAUUCGUGAACGAAUGCAAGAGUACAUGAAGCGUGCUGAGGAUUUGAAGGAUCACAUCAAAAAGACCUCAAACAACUCAAAAGGAGGCAAACGUCCAGUUAAAGAAGACGAUAAAGAUUCUAGCGGCGAUGAAGAAGAUGGAAAUAAAAAAUUUCAAAAGGCUAUAAAUAAAGCUAUUGUAGUCGAAAAACCAAAUGUUAAAUGGGAGGAUAUUGCUGGGUUAGAUGGUGCUAAAGAGGCGUUGAAGGAGGCUGUUAUAUUGCCAAUAAAGUUUCCACAUUUGUUUAAAGGUUUGAUGUUUUUUUUGAAAAAAAUUUAGGGUUAGGAUGACGACAAUUUUACUUAUUGUUAGGUUCCCUCCCUUUUUAUAAUUUUUUUGGAUGAGUUCCGCUGCUUUUGGAAUAUACGCCAUGUUCCAAAA